GACCUCAGCGCAGGUAUGGGAGGAGAUGGAGACUCCUGUCCUGAUAAAAGCAGGAGAAACGUUCAGACGUACCUCACCUGUUCAGACGGACCUCACCUGUUCAGACGGACCUCACCUGUUCAGACGGACCUCACCUGUUCAGACGGACCUCACCUGCUCAGACAGACCUCACCUGUUCAGAUGGAACUCACCCGUGUCUCAGAGUCCGUCAUCAUGAGUUCCUCUAACCAUUUUACAGAAAUCAAGAGGGACAAAGAUGGUAUGAAAGAGGGCAAUGACCAGUUCCUGGUUGUCAUCAGUCAGGUGAUUCAAUGUGAGACUGAGAACAAAAAGCUGGAAGAAAAACUGAAGAUCCUCAAGAGGAGGGACGUCCACACCUGGAAGGUGGAUGAGAUUGUGAGGAGAGCAGAGAAAGAGCUGGAACAGCAGCUUCACGCUUUCCUCAAAGACCAGGAGAAGCUGAAGGAGGAGCUGUCUGUGCAGAUGAACGAGCUGGAGGACACCAGGAGGAGGUACGAGGAAGAGAAGAAGAAAAGAUCUGAAGAGAAGAACAAAUUUAUCACCAGCAAGAAGGCUUUGGAGCAUGAAUGGCUGAUAAUAGCUGACUUGAUGGUGGAAAAGAGGGUUCUGAACAAUAAGCUGAACUUCCUCAGAGCUGGAUUUAAUGAGGAACUCAAGGAGCUGGAGUCCAAGGUCCAGAAUGAGAAGAGGGUCAUCUCUGACACCCACAAACGGUCCCUGGACCUGGAGAACAUCAUCAAAUCCCUUGAGGCUCAUUAUGCAGCAAUAGCAGAUCGCACCAAGCAGGAAGUAGAUCGGCUGAACAGGAAGAAGAUUGACGCUUUGCGCCAAACUUCAAGCCAGCACGAGCAGAAGGCACACAAGAUAAAGGGGGAAAUGAUACUUCUGAGGAAGAGCAUCACAGAACUCCAAACUAAGCUGGAGGUUCAGCAAACAAAGGAAAAGGAGCUGGAAAUCGACUUAAAGCAGGAAGGAGGGGACGACGCAGAAAUCACUGGACUGGAGGAGGAACUGAAGAAGAAGAGGGAAAUUCUGACCCUGCAGGUCCGUGAGCAUCAGAAGCUGCUGAACAUCAAGCUGGGCCUGGACAUGGAGAUCGCCACCUAUGGGGGGCUUCUGGAGAACGAGGAGAAAGGCUUAAAGGACAUCCACCCGGAAUGAAGCAGUUUCCUGUCCUGUUGCCGUGGUAACCAGCAGUUCCCUGAAACUCGAACCUGCUGACCUGGUUGGAGUUGGAACCCGGCCGAGUUCCCAGAACACCGGGUUGCAGGUUCCACGGCUGGAGGUCUCCUCAUGUGUAAUCUAAUGGAGCGGUUCUAUGUGGUUUCAUUCUGUGUUUUUCUCUCUCUCUCACCUCUGUCAAUGGAGAAGUAAAUAAAAUGAAAAGAGCUAAAAAGAAAA